GUUUUGCUCGACCUAACAACCAACUGGGAAAGAAGGCUACGUGGCGUCUUAUGGGCCAAUGCAACCCCUUAUCGACAAUCACGCGCCGUGUGCGCACAGCGCCCGUAAUCACGGCAUUCCACGACCAGAAAGCAUACAGCAGGGUCGCACGACCACGUCCCUCACCGGCGCAGGUUAGCCAGUACCCCUAUUCUUUUCAACCACCGAGAAAAAGGGGCGGGAAGUAUAUGAUAGCUUCGCCUUCUUCUCUUUCGUAAAUGCGCCUCUCAGUUUCUCUCUCUGUAUCACCCUGCUCUCUCAACCCGACAAUGGCGUCCGGGUCGAACUCUUUGAUGUGGUUCCGGAAGGGUCUCCGGAUCCAUGACAACCCCGCUCUCGAGCACGCCGCCAGGGGCGCCAACCACCUGUACCCACUGUUCGUGAUUGACCCGCACUACAUGGAGCCCGAUCCCACGGCAUUCUCUCCCGGGUCGGCCCGGGCCGGCCUCAACCGGAUCCGGUUUUUGCUGGAGAGUCUCGUGGAUCUUGAUUCGAGUCUGCGGAAACUUGGUUCGCGCUUGCUGGUCGUGAAAGGAGAGCCGAGCGAGGUUCUGAUUCGCUGCUUGAAGGAGUGGGACAUAAAAGAGUUAUGCUUCGAAUAUGACACAGAGUCAUACUAUCAAGCUUUAGAUGUUAAAGUUAAGAGCUAUGCUUCUACUGCUGGUAUUGAGGUUUUCUCUCCUGUGAGUCAUACACUGUUCAAUCCUGGAGAUAUCAUCCGUAAGAAUGGGGGAAGGCCACCUUUGAAUUACCAAUCAUUUGUGAAACUUGCUGGGCAGCCCUCUUGGGCAUCUUCCCCACUUUCAGCUGUGCUUUCUUCACUUCCUCCCAUUGGGAAUGUUGGGAACAGUGAGAUUUUAGAAGUUCCAACAACCAAAGAACUUGGCUAUGAGGAUUUUGGACAGGAUGAAUUAACUCCGUUCAAAGGCGGUGAGUCAGAAGCAUUGAGGAGAUUGAGAGAGGCAUUAAAUGACAAGGAGUGGGUGGCAAACUUUGAGAAACCAAAGGGUGACCCAUCUGCAUUCCUAAAUCCAGCAACAACUGUUCUGUCGCCUUACUUGAAGUUUGGUUGUCUUUCUUCCAGGUAUUUCUACCAGUGCCUAAAGGAUAUUGAAAAAAAUGUCAAGAGGCACACAACACCACCAGUUUCUCUUCUUGGGCAGUUGUUAUGGCGAGAAUUUUUCUAUACUGCCGCAUUUGGGACGCCUAAUUUUGAUCGGAUGAUGGGUAAUAGAAUAUGCAAGCAGAUACCCUGGAAUAACAAUGAUGAAUUGCUGGCGGCAUGGAGAGAAGCCAGGACUGGGUUCCCUUGGAUUGAUGCCAUCAUGGUCCAGCUUCGAAAGUGGGGUUGGAUGCACCAUCUUGCACGGCAUUGUGUUGCAUGUUUUCUAACUCGUGGAGAUCUGUUUGUUCACUGGGAACGGGGUCGUGAUGUUUUUGAGAGACUUCUGAUUGAUUCUGAUUGGGCAAUUAAUAAUGGAAAUUGGCUAUGGCUCUCCUGCUCAUCAUUUUUCUACCAGUACAACCGCAUCUAUUCCCCAAUCUCGUUUGGAAAGAAAUAUGAUCCAAAUGGUAAUUAUAUUAGGCACUUUCUCCCGAUAUUGAAAGAUAUGCCAAAGGAGUAUAUAUAUGAACCUUGGACAGCUCCAUUAAGCAUACAAACCAAAGCCAAGUGCAUUAUUGGAAGAGACUAUCCGACACCAGUGAUUUCCCACGAUGCUGCGAGCAAAGAAUGCAGGCUGAAGUUGGCUGAAGCAUAUGAAUUGAACAAGAGAUUAAAUGGGUCGGUGAGCGAGGAAGACCUGAAAAACUUGAGGAGAAACUUCGAGGAAGAUCCGAACCAGGAAUCAAAAUCUAGGAGGCAGAAGCAGAAGCUGACUGGCUAAAAUGUGGAGUAUUUUCAUCUUGGUUGGCAAUGCAGGGAUCAUAGAUGAACAGCAUUGUGAAUUGUGAUGGCCUCGGACUAAAGCGAAACAGUUGUCACAUGGGAAGAUGGUUGGCUAACCAGACAUAUCAGGCAUGGUGUGUGAUCUUUCAUUGCUCUGCCUUUGUUCCUCUGUGUGUGUGCGCGCGCGGGGGCGUGAUUUUUACUUUAAAUGGGUUAUGUAACUAAGCCCUCCUGGGCGCAAAAAUGUGUUGCUAUUGGAGAUUUGCGCCUGUGUGACAGCAUCUCUUGUUUGGCACUUAGGAAUUGAAUGAGAUUGAACAAAUAAAAUCAAAUUUAUUAUUUGAUUUUUCAUGUAAUUCAUUUAAA